AUGCUUGUACAAGGCUUCACUGGCUUGCUUUUCGGGCUGAGAAGGCGCAUGCUAGCCACUCGUCCGCCUCACGCAGUCUUCUCUCUCGAACCCUUCUCACUCGGCCAUCUCGCCUCGCCUUGGCUUACUCCCGCGCCGUACCGCUCGAUUUCGACAGGCUUUGCCGUCCGCGUCUCCUCUUCCUGUGCUGCCGCCUUUCUCGUCUUCCAAGACCGCCAACAGCGCAGCCUCCAGCCCUGGCCAGCAACUAAGCACCAACUGAUUUGCCAUUCAGAGCGGCUCAGCGCUCUUAAACGCGCGGACCGGAAUGCACGCCUCGCUAGACUCGAGUCGGAUCGCAAGGAGGAUAAGAGGCGCAUCGAGGUCCUCGAGAGCAAGCUUACGAUGCAGGAGAGCAAGCUUGCUCUGCAGGAGAGGAAGGAGGCGCAGGCAUGUACCGUCGAGGCCUACCGACUGCUGGUUGAAGGUCUGAUGCUGCAGGCGCUGCAGUUUGCCGGAGCUGCAGGCACGCGGCCGUUUACUUCAACCGAGCUCGAGCGUUUCGCGCGGCAUUGGGAGGCACUCGAAGAGACUGUCGGCGCAUGGUUUCGCGUCCCCUACCCGGACGAAGGCGUCCAGGACUUCCACGUUACGCUCGACUCGAAUCUCGCGCGUAAGGUUCGUCAGGCAUUUGAACUCCUGCACGGCACGGCAUUGCCUCGCCGCUCGCCCGCCGGGAGAAAGAGCCUCAAGUCGGCCCUCGACUACUUGGACGCCGCGCGCCGGACCGUGGACGACCCGAAGAUGCGCAGCCUCUGCCACUUGCGAAUCGAGUCUGCUCAUCCUGCUCCAUCAAAGGAGAUGGUUCUUAGCCUUGCACAGCAGUACGCACCUGAGUUGAACCCGGAAGCUAUCCUGGGAUUGUUGCCAAACUGCUGCUUUUUGAGUUCACCGACGGAGAUGGACAGGUGCCUGGAGGAGCCAACUGGUGAUUUGCGGAUGUGUGAGCGGGAGAAGGAGGAUCUGACCACGCGCAUCGGCGCAUUGGAGGAGAGGGACGAGUGGCGGGAGGAGCAGGACAGGUUGAGCGCGGAGGAGCACAGGCGGCAGAAAGGAAUGCUGGUUGAGUUGCAGGAGGGAAGGCGGCAGAGGGAGGAAGUCGAGGUCAGGGGUUUGGCGAUAGAGGGUGAGGGGGUGCGGCCAUCCCCAUCUUCGAACAGACGGCCAACGCCGGUGCUCUUGCAGCCCUCCUCAUUGAGGCGCUCCGGCUCGCACUGGACUGGCAGGGCCGCCCCGACUACCGCCUCACACCGCGCGAUAUGGUCACCAUCGAUCGUGCUUGGUUGCUCCUUGAACGCAGGAGAACGUGGCAGGAUAGCUUGGCGGCCUUCUUCUCCGUCUCCGACUCUCAGACCUUCUUCGCCGCUCUCCGUGCCCCCCUUGCCCGCAAAUUACGCCUCGCCCGUCAUCUGUUGA